GUCAUCCUUUAUUGUUUGAUCUUAGCGACGACCAUUUUGAUUUGAUAAGGGUUUGAUAUAUAAGGGCUUGGUUUUAGGGUUAGGGUUUGAGAAGGAAGAGCUAUGGCAGGACUUUCUCUUCAGUGUGGAGAUUGCGGCGCGGCUCUUCGGACCGUGGAAGAGGCGCAGGAGCACGCGGAGAUCUCAGGCCACGCGAAUUUCGUGGAAUCAACGCAAGCGGUCCUCAAUCUGGUAUGCACAGCCUGCGGCAAGCCCUGCCGAUCGCAGACGGAGGUGGAUCUCCACACCAAGCGCACUGGCCAUGUCGAUUUCGCGGACAAGACGGCCGAGGCGGCCAAGCCCGUGGUCCUGGAGAGCGGCAGCAAGCCCGAGAUGAUGGACGUGGAUCCGAAAGAGGAGAUGCAAGCUCCGGAGGUGAACCAGCAGCUCCUCGAGGAGCUGGAAGCGAUGGGAUUCCCGCGCGCUCGAUCCGUCCGGAGCUUGUUCUACAGCAAGGCCGAGAACUUGGAAGGCGCUGUGAAUUGGAUCGUGGAGCACGAGAACGAUCCGGAUAUUGAUGAGGAGCUCUUGGUUCCGGCGAGCUCGCUAAAGCCGGCUCUCACUCCCGAGGAGGCCAAGGCUAAGGCGCAAGAAUUGGUGGAGCGAGCACGGAAGAAGAAAGAGGAGGAGGAGAAGAGGCUGGAGAGGGAGCGAGAGAAGGAGAGGAUCCGCGUCGGGAAGGAGCUCCUCGAGGCCAAGCGCAAGGAGGAGGACAGCGAGAGGAAGCGGAUCCUCAUGUACAGGAAGGCGGAGAAGGAGGAGGAGAAGCGCGCGAGGGAGAAGAUCCGGCAAAAGAUCGAGGAGGAUCGAGCGGAGAGGCGGCGGAAGCUGGGCUUGCCGCCGGAAGAACCCAAGCCGGCUGAUCAAGCAGCAGCGCCACUCGCAGCUCCAGCGGCAGCUCGUCCAGCAGACGAAACCAAGCCAGUCCAGCAGCCAAAGGCAGCGUCCAAGGCCGAAGAGCUCCGGAGCUGCCUGAGAUCCAUCAAGCAAUCUCACAAGGAUCAGGACGCGAAGGUGAAGAAGGCGUUCCAGACGCUCCAGACUUACGUGGGGAACAUUGGACGCGCCCCGCAGGAGGAGAAGUUUCGCAAGAUCCGGGUGACCAAUCCCACGUUCCAGGAGCGCGUCGGGGAUCUCGGCGGCGUCAAGUUUCUGGAGCUGUGCGGCUUCGAGCUGGACCCGAGCGGCGAGUUUUUGAACCUGGCGGCCCAGAGUGUCGACAUUGGGGUGCUGAGAGCCGCAGACAAGGAGCUCUCAUCGGCGAUCACCAAUCCCUUCUUCGGCGUUCUCUAGACAUUUUCCCCAAGAGCCCUAAACAUUUAUAAAGUUAAAGAACCCUAAAA